AUGAAUUCCAACUCAAAUCCACCUACAUCAACACCAAGAUAUCGCCCUCCACACCGUCGACAUGAGAAUACUUCCUCUAGGCCACGAUCUCCUACAUACCGCGGCCAUCCCUACCUUACGUACGACGACCUACAUAGAAGAUAUUCACCUCCCAACUCGCCGUCACUCCGCAUGCCACGUGUGCAGCGAUCUCUAUCUGCUGAGGACCUUUACCAGCGAUAUCGUGGAACAUCGAGUCAGCCAGGGGAGAAUCAGGCUCAAGAACCCGAGACACAAGGCCAAAAUCCGCCUGGCAUCCCAGCCCUCCCUUCGCAGGAGAUACCAGGACAGCAAGAAGAGACACAGGCCCAAAACUCGGCUGGCAUCUCUGCCUUUCCACCCCCGUCCCCACCACCACCCAUACCACGAGAUUUCGAAGCACUGAGAGCAAAUCGACAUCGACAUCGAUCAAUUCGCCACAGUCAGCCGACAGCAAAUCAGACAGCCACUCAGCCCGAGGCUACCGGAUCCACCUGUCUUCACGGGCACUAA